UUGAAUUUGGAGAGGAGUUUGGAGCGUUGCUGGAAUCUUCUUGGGAAAGGAGAGUGAAAUCUGAUGACAUGAGCUGGGCUGGGGAAGAGUGGAAAGAGGGUCUUUCUACCAGAGUCCUUCAGAAGAUUCAAGAACUUGAAAGUCAAGUUGAGAAAUUUAAAAAGGAACGUCAGCAAAGGCAAUUUCAACUGGAAUCUCUGGAGGCAGCUUUGGAAAAACAGAAGCAGAAGGUUGAAGAGGGAAAAAAUGAAGGAGCGACCUUGAAGAGAGAAAACCAGAGCUUGAUGGAACUCUGUGAUAACCUAGAAAAAAACAGGCAGAAACUUUUUCAUGAACUUCAAGGGAAAGAAUCACAAAUUAACUUUCAAGAAGGACAGCUUAUUUCAAGCAAGAAACAGGUUGAAAGGCUAGAGCAAGACCUUAAAAGAUACAAAUCUGAACUGGAAAGACAACCAAAGACCUUUGGCAGUGGAGAUGCAUCUUUUGAUAACACACCACAGAGAAGCAACACUGGUUCUCCAACACCAAUCUACAAUGAUUCAAAAAUCGAAGAACUUCAAAGAAAACCCUGCAAAGAAAUUGAAGAAAGAAAACACCUGGAAGCAGAACCAAAGAGCCUGAAGUCUCAAAAGAAAAUUAAUCCCUUGCAUUCAGAAGGUAAUAUAAGUCGCAGAGAAAUUGCCCGGCACCAAGCUUCCUCAUCUGUAUUCUCAUGGCAACAUGAGCAAACUCCAAGCCGCCCUUUGUCCAGCCAUCGAGAAACUCCUCAUAGCAAUGGGUCAACCAAGUCACAAUUUCCUUGGGAAUCUUCAGCAGCUCCUAGUCACAAUAUUAUAAAAUUAGCCAAGAAAGAAUUAAUCAGUUGCAGUGUCUCCAAGAGCGGCCAGGACUCUUCAAUCACUGAUCAACUGAAAACACAGAACCAAGAGUUAAGAUCCAGAAUUCAGGAACUGGAAAAUAAGUUACAAAUUCAGACCCAAGAUAUGAAAGGCAACCUAAUGAAGCUUCAGGAUACUCAGCUGCAAGUGGAAAAUAUAAAAAUGGAAUUCACUGAAAAAGAGAAAACUCUGAACAAGGCUAGAAAUGAAAUAACUAAAAUUACAAUACAACUGGAACAAACAACUGAUCAGCUUGCAGUAAAAGAGGAAAAGUUCAGAAAACUCUCAAAUGAGCUAAACUGUCAGAAGCAAAAUUUUGAAAGUGUGCAGUGUGCUUUACAACAGAAGAUUAAAGACAAAGACAAAGAACACCAAGAGCAGUUGGAAAAAAAUGCCAAGGACUGUACAGAGAAAUUGAGUCAACUUGAACAGGCUAUGCAAACAAUGCAGUGGAAGGAAAAUGAACUGAAAGAAAACUAUGAGGAAGUUAAGAAGCAAAAUAGCCUUCUCAGCUGCCAGUCUGCUGAACAACUGCAAGAAAUUUCUCAUCUAAAAGAGGAACUCUGUAGCACUAAACUCUUCCUACAGCAGAGUCAGCAUAUUGCUGAAGACCUGAAAAAUAAAAAUUGUUCACUGGAAAAAGAAUUAAAAUUGCUUCAAGAAAAACUGAACAAGCAAGAUAAUUCUGUUGCUUUGGAAAAGAUGAGACUUGCUGUUUCUGAUGUUGAACAUGAACGAGAUUCUCUCCAGCAAAUUCUGAAGCACAAAGAAAAUAUAAUUGAAGAGCUCAAUAUGAAACUGAAAAACAUGGAAACUCUGCAGAAAACUAGUGUGGAAUGUGAAGGCCUUAAAAAAGAGAUUGUGAUUCUUUCCCAGUGGAAAACAAAAAGCAAACAACUCUUGAAUGAGCUAGAUUUAGAAAAAGAAGAAUUAAUGAGCAAAAUGCGCAGUUUGGAAAGUGCUUUAAUGGCUGAACAACUUAAACAUCAUGAGAAGGGAACUGCUGUCAAAGAUGAACAUGAACAAUUUAGUGAACAGCUGAACAUUUUUGAGCAGGUGGUGAAAGAAAAAACAACCGAACUAGAGGCACAAAGAAAAGCCUAUAGUGACCUCCAGCAAAAAACAGCAAUGUCUGAGGAAAAACUUCAGAAAGAGAGAGAAAACAAUUCACUGAAAUUAUCUGAGUUCACCAAAGAGCUGGACAUCUUACAGAAAAGGCUCCAGUCUGCAAGAAAUGAAGUGUUAGAAAAGGGGAAAUGUAUUGUCUCCCUUGAAGCAUCCUUAGCUUCUCACACACAGUUAAAUGCAUUCCUUCAGAAACAGGUUGAAGAGCUGGUCCAAACCAGAGAUGAAAUGGAAAGAAAAUUAGCUGAAAUAGCAGAGCCAAGACAUCAAAUCUUUAUUCAGGAGUUGGAGCAGCAGAUCAGUAAAUUACGAGAAGCUGUUUUCCAAAAGGAGACCUUGCUUUCCAAAGCCUUAUCAGCUCUUGAAGGAAAAAACAAGGAUCUACAAAAGUUGAUUGAGGAAUCAGAUAGGCAACAAGCAGAGAUUCAAGAUUUAAAAGUGAGCAAUGUGCUGCUUAAGGAUUUGGUCCAGCAAUUAAAAGUUAUGAGCUCAAAGGAACCAAAUGCAUCUACAGAAAUAUCCUUAGAACAAGGUGAAACAGAAGGACUUCAGGAUGAAAGCUCCAAGCUUAAGAAUACUAUCAAUAUUUUGAAAGAAGAAAUCUUAGACAUAAAGCAAGAAAACCAGUAUCUUUCCAAAAGUUUCAGAGGAAGGAAGGAAAGUUAUUUGGAGCUGUCACAAAGAAAGCAAGAGAAGAGCUUGUUACUGCCAGAAGCUGAUGAAGAAGUAGAAAGGAAAUGUACAUCAGUUGAACCAAAGGAAGAUUGUUUAGAAAGUGCUAUAAGGAAUCAAGCUUGCCAUUUGAAGGUACAAAAAGCCAAAUGUGAUACCCAAGAGAAAGAGUUUAUGAACAAAUGUGACCAGUUACAGAAUAAGCUGAUCUCCUUGGAGAAGAAAAAGAGUACUUUGUUUUGGCAACUUGAAAAAAAUCACUCAAUAUCUGAAGAAGCAAAGAGCUUAAGACAGGAGGGGACAGGACAAAAUAACAGGCACUCUUCUGUAAACAUCUUGGUGCAAAAACUGAUCUCAGAAAUCAAAGCAAGUGAGCAUGCAGUGCUUGAAUUUAUUUUAGAUGGGACAACAUUGGAACAGCUGAGGGUAUUUAUAGAAGAAAGAGAGGAUGAAGUUAAUAAGUAUCAAGUGAAGCUUGAGCUGCUUCAGAUGGAUCUUGAGGACAGAGAAAUUUCUAUAGAAAACUAUGCUGAUCAGGUAAAGAACUUGGAGAUGAUAUUGAGAACUAUGGAGAUAAAAAUGGAAGAAAGUGAAAUGAAAAAAGCGAAGUUGCUGCAUAAAUUGCAAGCACUUAAAGAUUUACAAAAUUCAGCCUUAAAGAUGAAAGAGAGAAGUGGAAAUGACCAAUCACCAAUGUGUUUCAGUGCUGUUAUCAAGGACAAUUUUAACUUACAGAAAGAUGCCAAGUGUUCAUCAGUUCCUCAUGAUCUGAUGCCCAGCCAAAAUGAUUAUCUCCAAUUAGUAUCCUCCCUACACAUGACAAUGAGCAAGCUAAAUGAGUUGGAGAAAAUGUGUGAACACCUGCAGAAAGAAGAGUCAACAUUAGCAUCACAGCUGAAAGACUCACAGUUGGAAUGCAUCAUAAGCACAGAUACUAUGGCAAAAGAAUUAAUGGAAAAAAUGAAUAGGCUGAAUGUAGAGACCAUUUCUGUUUCUGAUAAAUUAAUAGAUAAGAGUGAAAUAGAAGCACAACCUGAUAUGGAAGAAAUGCCCUUAAUAACUCCAGAAGAUUAUGAGAGAUUUGAUUACGAACAUUUGAAAUUAAUUAACAAAGAAAUCAAAACAGGGUUGUAUGGAAUCAAGGAAAAGUUCUUUUCUUUGAAAAAUGAAUAUGAAAUUGUAGAUAUUCAAAACCUGAAUAUGGCCUUUGAAUUGUCAGAGUUGCAAUCCUGCAGUGAGAUGCUUAAAGAAAAAAAUACUGCAUUGCCAAUACAUCUCAACAAAGCGGAGAUGGUUUCUUUUCCAAUACAGAUGACACUAAGUUCAGUUAAUAAGGAAUUUGAAGCAUAUGGAAAAUUUUGUAUAGAGACUCUGUGUUGCAGUGAAGUCUUCCCCUGUACAAGCCCAAUGCUUUUGGAGCCUGAUUUGGACAAUGAUGUAUCAUCAACUGAAAUGGGAGGACCAUAUCAAAACAAACAAAUUGGUCUGGAAGAUACACCUGAACAAUUUAAUAUUGCUGGUGAGUUAUAUAGCAAUGAUGCCUGGACCUCUCUCACUAAACAGGUAGCUAGAAGACAUCUUAAAAAUGAAGUCAAACAUUUUCAAUGUGAAUGUUGUGAAAACUCCUUUAAGAUGCUUAAGGAAUCAUUUAGAUCUCAUAAGAUUCUGGAAGGUGAGGAAAUAGAAAAGAUUCAAGAGCUGCUCCUUUCUGCAAAGAAGGAACUAGAUGGCCUUCAGAAACAAAGUAUAUCUGACAAUGAGCACUGGCAACAAAAACUUCAGAAGGUGAUCCUGCAAGUGGCAUCUGAACUGCCAGCUGAGAAGAAACUUCCUCAGCUGUUCCCUCAGAAACAAGGAGAACUACAAAACCUUGAUUUAAGUUCUCAUCCAAUAAUUUGUGCUGACACUGACCAACCAGUUCCUGCUAAUCAGCCACCUGAUCCUUUAUGCUAUUUGAAAAUGGAUAGCUUUCUUGGGGAAAGCCUUGGACUUAAAGCUGUGAAUGAUCAGACAGCAGCAAAAACCUAUGAAGCAUACAGAACACAAAGGUCUGAUUAUGAAGCAGAUACAAAUAUAACAUCUACAGAAAAAUACCUUCCAGAUCCCAGUAAUGCAAAUGAUCAAUCGAUACAUUCUUCAGACUGUCCUCUAGAGUCAUUUCUUCCUUCAAAUCUCGGCACACACACAAGGUUGGUAAACUCCAUGGAAAACCAGAAGGCCAUUGAAAUGCUUUGGCUACCAAUAAAGAAGGCCGAUGAUAACAAUUCUAGGCUUUUUCAUGAUGUGGAGGAAAGCAAUAAAAUAAUUAAUACUCUGCUUAUGAAAGUUCAAUAUCUGCACUCAGAUUUGAAUUCAAAGAACACAGAGUUGUCUGAAAAGGAAAUUGCUUUUGCUGAAUAUAACAAAACAGUUAUGGUUCUCAAACAAGAAAAGGAAGAAAUGAGUGAGGUGCUUCAAUCUGUAACUUUUGAUAAACAGCAAUUAUCUUUUAACCCUAUGUAUCUUGGGAUAGAACUUAAUAAGGUAAAAUCUGAACUGGAAAUGUACAAGAUCAGAUGGUCUGAUUCAACACACACUCUAGAAGAAUUACAAAUGACCAAAGCAGACAAUACUGAGAAGCUUCUUGAAGCUGAAACUGAACAGAGGAGGAUAAAAUCUGAGAAAACAAACUUUGAGAACUACACCUUGUCCAUGGAGGCAGAUGCUGAAGAGCUUCUAUCAAAAAACAAGCAGCUGGAGCAAGAAAAGCAAAUCAACUUGAAAAUUAUUUUUGGCCUUUGUGAGCACCUUCAGAUACUUACUGCAGGGAGAAACCAAUCUAGCCAAGAUCUGAUCACUUUGUCAAGGGAUAAAGAUGCACUGGAUCAGGUGUGCAACAAGAUAAAGAAGAAUAUAAAAGAGCUUGACUCAAAUCAAGUGGAUACUGUUGAAUAUAUCAAGGCAUUAGAAGCUGAAGAUAAAACCCAGGUAAAAUUGCUUCAGGCUGCUAAGGCUGCAGAGAAUCAGUUAUCAGUUGAAAAUGUGUGCUAUAUGGUGCGGUUCCAGAAUCUGGACAGAGUUAUGAGGGAUCUCAUGUUGGACCAAGAGGCAGCAGAAAAUCAAAUCAAGCAUCUGACUGAGACAAGAGAAGUGAGCCUUAGAGAAUAUGAAAUCUUACACAGCAGGCUAAGUAACUCUGAAGCCGAAAAUGCCAAGAUAUCCAAGUCCUUGGAAGGAUCACUAGUAGAAAAAGGUGAACUUGCAGCACGGCUAAAUUCUGCACAAGAAGAAGCAGAUCAGUUGCGAGAGGGCAUUGAGAAGCUGAAAGUAAAGAUAGAAUCCGAUGAAAGGAACAGGCAUCAUCUGGCUGAAAAGCUGAAAGAAAACAAACGAAAAGCUGACACUCUCACAGACAAAAUUGAGUAUCUGGAAAGAGAAUUGCAUAUGUCAGAGGAGAGUUUUGAAGAUGCAGUUCUUAGAAUGGAGACAGCUAAAGCAGAGACAGAAAUAAUGAAGACUGAGAUAGAAAGGAUGUGUGUGAGCCAACAACAUUUAGAAGGUGAAGCUAAAAUCUUUAGGUCAGAGAAAGAGACUCUAGAAAAAGAGCUGAAAGAAAAACAAGACAAAGUAAUUAGUUUAGAAAUGAGUAAUUCUACAUUGGUAAACCUACUAAAAGAAAAUGAAAAAGAGAAGGAGCACAUUAGAGGCGAAUGUGAAAAUGCACUGAGAUUGAUGGAAUCACAACUAAAAAAGGUCUAUGAAGAAAUUAAAAUCCUUUAUAGUGAGAAAGAAACUUUCAAGUCAAAAGAACAGGAUCUCAUUUGUGAAAUUGCUUCUCUCAAACAUGACAAUAUGCAGUUGAUGGGUUGCCUGGAAGAAGCAAAAUCCAGUAACUCUAAAGUACAGCAGUUGGUGGAAGCUUUCAUCCAGGAAUUACAAAGCUUCAAGCAAAAACUGAAUGCAAAUGAUUCUGUUCUUGAGCCGUUAUUCAAAAAUGAAGCUUUGCAAGCUAUCCAAGAUGACUUACAGGUGUCUUUUGAACGUAUCGAAGAAAAAUUAGAAGUCACACCAUGUGAAAAAUACAUCUUCCUUGGAAAGGCAAACAGCCUAAAUCAAAUGCUGCAGCUCAAGGAAGAGUACGAUUCUUUCUGUCAUUCAUUUCUAUUGUGGCUGAAUGCCUAUCGAAUGCUAAAGCAGGAAAAAGCAGUAAUGGAGAAACAAAUUCAUGAACUUGAGACUCAGUUGAAGACGACAGCUCCACGUUUUCAGGUGGAUGUUGGUGCAGAAGAAAUCAGGUUGGAGCUGAAAGAAUUGAAGGAAUCAGUUGAGGAGAAAACUAAAGAGGCGAAUCAUAACUUGGAAAAGUAUUGUACACUGAUAAUUAAUCACGACAAACUAGAAGAAGAAAAUGAGAUGCUAAGGACACAAGUCUCUCUUUUGAACACUUGUCUCAAGCAGUUAUUAAAUGACACCAGUUCCUCCCUCCAAAGUUCUCAAAGCCCAAUGGAAAUGAAUAGUAGGCGGCCUACUACAGAUGCGCCUAAGAUCAUCAAAAAGGGAGAAAAGUGUGAAGAAAACAGAAGCAACGAAUACAGCUGUCCUUGCAUUUCUCACCCAACAUCCUUAGAGCCAAGAAUGGAUUCCUGCCUUUUCAGUCCUAGCUUGAAAUUGCCAACAUUUAUUGAUAACUCACACAUAACAGAGAAGAGUUGUUUCUUUGAGAACCUUAAAACAACAGCAGAGGGCAGCAGACUACAAAAGAUGAACUUUGCAACUGAUCAAGUUGGUAGUUCAGGCCAGGAUUUUACUCCCAGGUCUCCCCUUUCUAUCUGUAACCUGUCAUCCCAAGAAAUUGCCAGACGAUCUGCUGACCAUCUUGAUACGAGAAACUCUCCAAGUACAGAAGAAAAUGAGCUGGACAAAGCCUGCCAUGUACAGUGAAUCAGGACCAAGUUGGUUUUAGACUUGAAAUCCCAGUAGCAAAGGAUUAUUCAGAAUGAAAUCCUAAGAAUUCUCUUCAUAAGCGUCUUUAAGUCCACAUCUGAUACAAUGGGAGAAGCCUAUUUACAAUUGCAUGUAUAACAAAAGGAAGCCAUCUGGGUCUGAUCCCAACUUUCUGGGACAUGCAUCUAUAAGGGCAUCUUUGUAGCCACAAAUGUUUCAUUUUUACAAGCUGUGAGGUUUUGCAUGUAACAGUAAAUUGUGGUUUGCUGCUAUGUGUACCUACACAAAGGAGCUUGAAGAAAAUGAAUGGCUAAGAUGCUCCAUUUUACCAAAACACUCAAUUUCAUUUUGCUCAAUUUCUAGGUUGCAUUUAUUUAUGUGCAAAUCAUGAAUGGUGAUGUAAAGGAACGUCACUUGCUGAAGAAAUUGCUAAUGUAUACAUACAGUUCAGAGAACUGUAGAUAUUAGUCAAUCCAGAAACAAAGAAAUAACUGACUACAAACCAUAAACUGUAAUUAAGCACUAUAGCUGUAUGUAAUCAGUGCCAUUUUUCUGUAAUCUUUUCAGAGGUAAAAACUCUUCCUGGAAAAGUAAAGCCAAAAAUAUACUAUGCCUCGGUUCCAAGCAAAAAUGAGUAGCCACUGCUCAAAUCCAGUUAGUCCCUUCCAUGGAUCUUUAUUUGAGCAUUUUGAAAAAGAAGGAAAAGGCAAGCACCAAGAUAAUUGUUAUGUGCAGCAUAUCUGGACUGACAUUAUUUCAAGAUAAAUAAUUUUCAUGUUGGAACACUUUAAGGGAGGGCAUGCACAUUUUCAUCAUGAUUAUAAAUGCAAACUGCAACCCUGAGUCUUUGAAUUGGCUUUAAAUCAAUGGAAAGGAAAGAUCGGGAUGUGCAAUGCAUUGGUUAUGGUACUAGGCUAGAAACUGGGAGGCUGAAUUCUAGUCCUCCCUUAGGCAUGAAAGCUGGCUGGGUGACUCUCACAGGCCAAUCUACCUCACAGGGUUGUUGUGGAGAAAACAGAAGGCAGGAGCGAUAUGUUACCUUGAGUUGAUGAAAAAUAAAA